AUGUCGACCCAAAAGCAACCACCAGCGCUGAACAGGGAACAGUUGGACGAGGUGACACGGUCAGUGAUUGCCGCCAUGUCUUGUAGGGCAGAGACCUCUCAUCCCCAAAAUGAGGUGACGCAGGAUGCAUCCGCAGAGUAUCCAGGUACUGACAUUCUACUAGCCAUAAGUAACAAUCAAAAGUCUCAUGUGCAAAGUUUCCAUAAUGACCUUGGGCACAAUAUUUUCAAUAACCUUAAGCUAAAGAUAGCUUACGGCGACUAUGUUAACUUGGGUCUUUUAGUCGAUCGCACUAAUGAAUCUGAUCCUAAUGACGAUACAAAAUACUUCUCUAUGCAAGGUGGCAACAUUACCUUGUCAUCCAAAUUCAAACCCAAGGUUAUUACAGAUAUUCAGGUAUGGACUGAUGCACUUCUGGUCUAUGCCUCUAUAUAUGUCCUAGCACACCCUGAGUACAGUACAGCUUUAUUCAAAUAUAUGCAUACUAUCAGGCUAGGGGCUAGUUGUGCAAUAGCUCUCGGCUGGAGAGAUUAUGACAUAAAAUUCAGUUUGAAAAAAGAAUGCAAUCCAAAUAUGUCAUUUGCUGUUGUUGACCAAGAAUUGUGGCUUUUAUAUAUGUACAGUCCUCUGGCUUUUCAAGGGUCUGUGACACAAAACAUCCCCCUUAGAUGUUAUGAAUUCAAUUAUAAAGGUCAAUGCAACAAAAGUGUAUGUCAAUACAAGCAUGAGUGCAUUUUGUGUUCCUUAAAUCACCCCUAUAUCAAAUGCAAACGCGGUUUAGGUUAUGAUUCAACUUACAGGUCAAACAGCGUUUCAACAUCCUGGCACUCUCAGUUACCUAGAAUGCAGUCAACCACAUCCACCUAUGCUAGACCUGCCCUACCUCAGCGUCCCAGAGCCCCCCCCCCUACCCCCCAAGCAACCCACCAAUUUAGACCUUAG